GGAAAGCUUUUUUGUUUCUAAAUUUUCUUCUUGAAAUAAAUUUUAUUCAUGAAUCUUGUUCGUUUUGAAAUAUUAGUAAAUAAAAUAAACAGUGAUUAUACGUCGUUGCUGUUUGAUCUUUGAUUACUCAGUUCUCAUAAUAAUAUAUUUCAUUCCUCGAUCUAGCUAGAUGUAAUAUAAAAAUGAUACAUCAGCUUCCAAGUUCCAAGUAAAUGCUGUGUGAGCAAUUUGAGCAUUAUUGGAUGAUGAUGGUUCUGUACGAAUGAAUAAUGAAAUCCGUUCUCUCUUUCAUCUGAAUUAUUUUGAUGAUUUUCCAAUCAAAUUGAAUUAUAUCUUUCCAUAUACCGAGUACAGAAUAAGCAAGGACAGAAAAUGACCGAAACCACCUCUAGAGUUCACGAUCUCGCUUUUCCAAGUCCUAUACCACUGAAAGAAAUCUCAGCUAUCGUACUCGUUGCGGAAUUAUGGCGUGAAGAAAUCGCACGUACCGAAAUUAAAACCGAGCAUGAAUUAAAAUUAGUAAAGAAUAUUAUUCUGCUGAGAAAGAUAAUCGCCAAUAUUCCAUCGGAGAUUCGCGAUUUACUGGUCGAAUACGUCGCCAAGUUCGAAACAUCAAUUAAAACCUGGCUCGUACUUCAUUCCUUCAUACUUGUUUCCCAUCUCUGUUUGCCCUGUGACAAGUUGAGCACUUUCCAUGAUUUCGUAUGGGACUGGAAUGGCAAUAUUGAUAAUGUUCGAACGGCCAAACGAAUAAUGCUGUGUGAUCGAUUCACUGCUGUUGUCAAAUUCAAAAUAGCUUGUUUGUACUGCUUCGAAGAUGAUAUUAGACGAAUUUGGCCAUUUGUCAGCUCCAACUUUAUUGAUUUGAAAUUGAAUGAAAUUGAUUUUUUUCAUCGAACAAGACAAUACGGAUCCAUACAAUUUUUCUACUGGAUUUACUGCCUUAGAAACGAACUACACAAUAUGCCCAAUCCUUAUAAUGUACAAAUCGAAGAGAUGGUGCUUGGUUUUUGCGAAUUUGACAGCUAUUCUUGCGCUGAGUAUUUUUGGAAUCGUAUACCAUACGAAAGGCGAUUGCAAGCUACCUGUCAAGACGGCCAUGUUACUAUAUGCGAUUCCGAUGUAUUCGUUAGGUUCUUUUUACAAAGAUUAGACGAUUUACAACUCGCAAUAUUUCUCACUGAAAUAGGUGUUGAGUUCAUCUCUAAGCUGUUAGCCAAUGAGUUUAAAAUCUACGUUCUUCCUGCGUGGAUGUACAUUAGAAACAAAAUGAACAAAAGCCAUUUCACUCGAAUAAUCGAGAAACUGCUAAAUAUGGAGACUAAUAGUUUCACCGCUAAGGAACGAUUGAAUUCCGAAGACGAAGUUUAUAUAUGCUGCGAACUGUGGAGAAAUUCUCCAGAGAAUUUGAAGCGAUCAGCAUUGAACGAUUUACUAUCGAAUGAAGAGGUGUUUAAGAGAAUAGGCACAGAGAAACCUGAACCUCUGAGAGAAAUGAGAUUCCUAAUCACAGUUCUGUUGGAUGCCAGUUUUGAACAAAGGCAUACAUUUUGGUGUAAAAAUUGGCGUAAUUUGAUUUCUGGUGCUCGUGUAGAAGAUCUGAUGGGAGUAAUGAAGCUAUGUUUCCGAGACGAAAACGAUAUGAACUUAUUUAAACGGCAAUAUAACAUGUCUGUUACUUAAAUAGGUACGAAAACAUCGCCCCAUAUUGCGUCCAGGAAUUAAGCGAGUUCAGUUCUCUUGUCUUUUGUUAUUUUGAUGAGCAAAUGAAAAGCAUAUUAAUAGGUACCUAUCGCUAAUUUACUUCCUUCGUAUCAUAAUUUAAAGUAGGAGUAGGCAACUCAUCAUUUGUAUACCUACUAAUAAUAUUGUCAAUUACUGUUUUUAAAUACCUGAUAGAUUAUUAUGAUCAUUAUCAUAAUUUUAUUCAUUUGUUUGUAUUUUUCUUUCAUUUUAUUAAAUUUUUAUUUCAUUUUGAAAA